AUGAACGCAAGGAAAGAUAUUGGUGAAGUCAUAGGGGGGAGAUACGAGAUCAAAGAAGUGAUCACUCACCGUGACCGCAAGGUGAGCGUCUACGUUGCCACAGACGUCCAAACCCAGGAAGAGGUCGCUCUCAAACUCAACACCGCGGAGCACAGAGUUCGACUCGAAACUGAGUUUUACGACGAUUCAAUCAGAGACCUGGAGGGGUUUCCGAGCAAGAGGUGGUCUUGGGAGCACGGUUUCUAUUGUCUUGGCGCUAUUGCCCUCGACCGUCUGGGACCGUCUUUGGAUACUCUCAUCAAAGAGGUGGAAGAAAGCAAGUUUAGCCUCAAGACGACUCUUCAAAUCAUGGAUCAGGUCAUCACCCGAAUUCAAGCUUUACAUGAACGUCACAUUCUCCACCGCGGUGUCAAACCGGACAACUUCUGCAUUGGCCUUAAAGGAAGCAAGACAGAGAAUAAGGUGUAUAUGAUCGACUUUGACCACUGUAAAAAGUAUAUCGUGGACGGAGUCCACAUACGGGACUAUGGGGGUGCCAUGGGCAACCAAGAUUGGACGUCGUUGGCCGUUGACGAAGGAUGCGAGCCUGUGAGGCGAGAUGAUAUGGAAUCCGCUGGUUUCCUGUCUAUCUACCUUCUCAAGGGCAGUUUGCCCUGGUUAUGUGAAUACAGCUCAAGCGCAGUGAGGCGUGGCAAAGCAAUCACUGCUCUGCAAGAGCUGUGCAAAGACCUCCCAGAGGAGAUCAUAACAUACAUCGCUUACUGUCGAUCACUUCAAUUUGCCCAAGAGCCCGAUUAUGGCUAUUGCCGGAAGCUUUUCCGCCAAGUAUUCGAGAGGGAAGGGUUCAAAGAUGAUGGGCUGUGUGAUUGGAGUACCCUUGAGCUUGUCACCGAGUCCGAGGGCAUUGAAAACGUACAUGGCUCCGAUAAUGAUUUCCCCAGCAGCAAUCACUCCGAGGAGGAGGACGGCUCCGCUACCCCGUUCGAUGACGAUACUGUUGAUGGGCAGACUCUUGUUGCUGACCACACCAAGACGACCGAGGCAUGUCCUCAGUAUCUUGGCAUGAUCUGCGGACCCGCCAGAUCCUCAGAGUUAUAUGUGUGGUAA